AGACACGCCUCAGACCAGGCAAAUUCCCGGCCUCCUCUGGCCCCAAGCCAGCAGCCGCCGCCCGCAACCUCCUCUCCUCCUCCGCUGUUGCCCGGGCCGCCCCGCUGGGCCCCGACCUCGCUGGCGCCUGGGAGCACAGCCCCUCGGCCCACGGCGCAGGCGGCGCGGCUGGGACGGGACCGAUGUGGCGCAUGCGUGGUGGCGCCACCAGGCGCGGGAGCUGCGGCGGCGGGGACGGCAGCGGGGGCAGCGGCUGGCAGGGCCGCCCGGGCCGCGUUCGUGGGGGUGGCGGCAGCAGCGGCAGCGUGGGCUGGCGAGGCCGUGCAGACGGCGCCCGACAGCAGCUGGAGGAGCGGUUCGCCGACCUGGCGGCAAGCCACCUGGAGGCCCUCCGCGCGCGGGACGAGCAGGACCGGCAGAAUGCGCGGCUGCGCGAGGAGAACGCCAGGCUGCGCCUAGAGAACCGGCGGCUGAAGCGCGAGAACCGCAGCCUCUUCCGGCAGGCCUUGCGGCUCCCCGGCGAGGGCGGCGACGAGGUGUCCGCAGAGGCGGCGAGGGCGACCCCAGGCCCUGAGGAGGCCGGUACGAACCGGAGGUCAAGGGGCGACAGCCCCGAGGACGAGCCCGGCAGCCCCCGGGCCCUGAGAGCCCGGCUUGAGAAGCUGGAGGCCAUGUACCGCCGGGCCCUUCUGCAGCUGCAUCUCGAACAGCGGGGACCGCACCCGCGUGUGGACAAGGAGGAGGCGUCUCCGUGCAGACCCGACUCAGGCCCUCUAGCCCCAUAGCUCGAGCCUCCAGGGCCCGGGCUGUAGCCCGAGGCCGCAGCCAGGGGUGGAGCCUCGCGCGGGCCCCUCCUCCUCAGCUCAGGGCGCCGCCCCCCCCCCCCCCCAGCGCACAAACCCGCUCUCCCGAGCUAACUCCUGACCAUGGUGCCCUCCCACCUCCCGUCCGCCCUGACACUUCCGGGGGUGCAUGGCCUUUGGCCGCAGAAGCUGAAAAGGGCUUAGGGCGCUCUGAGUCUCCACUGGUACCCAGCACCUGCCUCUUCCCUGCUGGAUUUCGUAGAGAAAGGGCUCUCACCCGAGGGGCGGGUUCUCAAAUAGCAAGGAGUGGGUGCCAGUCAACAAACACCUCCUAAUGCCUGAACUUUUCUGGUGGUGUGAGGACCUGUAGUUUUUGUUUCCCUCCUCUGUUUUGGUUAAGGAAUGAAUAAUACAUUUUGAGUUGGUUCAGUUUGUUCAUUCUUCAGUCCCCUAAAGCCUCUGGCUGUUCUCUCUUAUGUGGCCAACAUUCUCAGUAUUUGUUUUGUUUUUAUCAGUCACUGUUACUUGGAUAUCCUAUAAAGUACCACCUUACCUUAAAAAGGUAGUAUUUAUAAUUUAGAAAGUCUUGCCUACCCCGGCUCUACUCCCUAUAUGUCUAGUAUAUACUGAUUUGUUCACCCCCCCAAACCUGGGGAAUUUUUUUAACUAUCUGCCUACAAGUAAUUCUUUGAAUUGGUAAAUAAACUUAAGAAUGACCUAAA